GAGGACCUAUUUUACUCUACUGCUCACAGUGUGAUCCAGCAGAGUGGGUGAAAAGGAAGAGAGAGAGGGAGCUACUCUUUGUCCCUCAUUCCAAGUUCCUUCGGCAGCCCAGGCCGAUAUUCUUGGCUUUGAUGCAGCACUCAUGACAGGAUUAGGAGUCUGGGACACGGGACCAACCGGAGAUCUGCAGGUUCUAAUAGACGAACCCGGGCCAGAUUCUCACCCUGCACGGCUUUGACUGGCCUCCUGUGUCCCUUCAAAAUCUCCAAUACAUCGAACCAGUCACAGAGAACCCUUCUGUCCUUCCCCAUCAUGCGUCUCCUCACCAUCAUCCUUCUCUUACUGCUCCUUCGGUCAGCUGAACCUCGGCGAGGCCCCUGGUCGAAAGCCACAGAGAGGGGCAGCUGGGGCCGUGUGCGAGGCAGAGGAAGGGCCGGUGUUAUGAGGCGUCAAACUCAGGAAUGCAAAGAGUACAUGGAGUCAGGAGAGAAGUAUCUAGACUGCCAGGAUAGGCAGCUGACAUUUGUGAGGCAGAACUGGCCCAAAGACAUUCACCACCUUCUGCUGGCAAGAAAUAAGAUUCAGGUUUUAAGGGCUAACAUGUUCGACCGGUUCACCCAGUUGAAGAGCCUGGAUCUUCAGCAAAAUGCCAUCUCAUUGAUAGAAGAUGAUGCAUUUAGUGGUCUCUCUCAGCUCACCACCCUCCUCCUCCAACACAACCGCAUCAGAACAGCGUCAGAGGAGGUCCUCCUCCCCCUACCCCUCCUCACCUACCUCCGGAUUUUCGACAACCCCUGGAUUUGCCGCUGCUCACUGGACAGCCUGGUCACGACCCUGCAGGUGCCCAGCAAUCGCAACCUAGGUAACUACGCCAGGUGUGCCGAGCCUCGCUCUCUGAAGGGCCAGAAGCUCAAAAAGCUAAAAGCGGAUUUGCUGUGCGCUGAAGACAACAGGCCAGACGAUGUUAAAGAACCCCAAAUAGGGCGUCCAAUAGUAAAGACAGAUGCUGUGUCCAUUUGCCAUCUCAAAUAUCCCAGACUUCUACUGGACUGCAAACACAAAGGUCUGAAUCAUAUUCCGCCGGAAUUGCCGUUGGAAAUGGUGGGUUUGGACAUGUCCAAUAACAUCGUCAAGCAUCUCAGGCCCAAACAAUUCCUGCUGUCCAAAGAACUCAAGCUGCUCAACCUUAGCAGCAACAACCUGCAACACAUAGACACAGCUGCUUUUGCAGGCCUGCUGCACCUCCGUGAGCUCGAUCUGUCCAACAACAGCCUUCAGUACUUCCAGUACAGCGUACUGGAAGACCUGUACUUCCUACGGAGGCUAAUGCUGGACAACAACCCAUGGAUCUGCGACUACAACAUCCACUACUUAGUCUACUGGCUCAAGCACCACCCCAGUGUCUCGUACACUGGCCUGAUCUGCUCAGAGCCGCAGGAGUUCAGGGGCUGGCGAGUGGAAGACUACGUCAAAACCUAUAACGGGGAAUGUCCUGUGGAUAAAUAUAUGGAGGAGAAUGAAACAGAGCAGGGAGCACAAGAAGGGUCAGAGAAUGAAGCACAGGAGGUAAUGGGGGAGAUGGGCGAGGGACAAGGACAGCUUCUGCCCCAGCCCAUAAAGGAGAAGGAGCACAAUGCAUUUGAGAUCAUCAGGCUGAGCUAGAAUGAAUUUGGUGUGGUUAGACUUUGAGAUAAAUUUACACAUGACAAUCGACAUGCAGGUCAGAGGUCAACAUAGACUAAUAAAGAUAGAUUCAGUGAUUAAAUGUUUAAGAAAAUGUAAUGUGAAGUACAAUAUUGGGGUAAAGCCAUUCAAAACCAACAAUUCCCAUCCUGUUUAAGUAAAGGAAAACUUUUCUUUAACUUUUUCUUUAACCUUUAUUUGUUUCAUUGUCAUGUUGCUAUGUUUUUGAAGUGAUGGACAAGAAGACUUAAUUUUCUAUUUAUCUUCUCUAAGAACAUUCUCAAUUCAGGAAAUUUAAUUGCAAAACCCUGACAUUCUUGCCAAACAAUUGGAAGGUGGGCUCUUUUUUCAAUUACACUAACUUUGGGAUCAGGAUAUGUACCUUUUUUUUGGUGUGUUUGUUACCAUUUGGUCUUUUCCACAUUAAUGUCUGUUUUUUGGAAAUAAACAUGGGUCUAUUUUU